GGCACGCUUGGGCUGUUUGAACUUGCCGACUGCCAUUGCCAUCCAGCUGUUACCGCAGCGAUGGGUUUGCUAUAAAACAUGGACGGUUCCAGCCCGGACUGUCAAAGGAGUACCAUAUGAGACAUAAAACUCGUCGUGAACUUGCUUGCCUAUUGUUACCUCUGAAGCCACCCAACCCAUCAUGUUCCUUCAGACCAUCCUCGGGUUCGUUGCCACGGCGGCGACGUGCCUCGGCGCCUCGCUGCAGCAAGUCAGCAAUUUUGGACGCAAUCCGACGAACAUCCAGAUGUUCAUCUAUGUCCCCGACAGGGUGGCCACCAAUCCAGCCAUCAUCGUGGCGCUCCACGGCUGCGGCGGCACCGGACAACAAUGGUUCAGCGGCACCAGGCUGCCGUCAUACGCCGACUCCAACGGCUUCAUCCUCAUCUACCCGAGCACGCCCAACCAGAGCAACUGCUGGGACGUGCAGAACCCGGCCAGCCUGACGCACGGCCAGGGCGGCGACGCGCUCGGCAUCGUCAGCAUGGUCAACUACACCAUCGACCGGUACGCCGCCGACCGCGCGCGUGUCUACGUCAUGGGCUUCUCGUCCGGCGGCAUGAUGACCAAUGUCCUGGCCGGUUCGUAUCCGGACGUGUUCGAGGCCGGUGCUGCCUACUCGGGCGUGCCGCAUGCUUGUUUUCUCGGUGCCCCCUCUGCUACGCCGUUCAGUCCGAACCAGACCUGUGCCCAGGGCUUGCAGAAGCCGGCGCAGGAGUGGGGAAAUCUCGUCCGAAACUCGUUCCCAGGGUACACUGGCCGCCGGCCGCGGAUGCAGAUCACCCACGGGCUGGCCGAUACCCUCGUGCGACCGCAGUGUGCCUUUGAGGCUCUCAAGCAGUGGUCUAACGUGUUGGGCGUCGAGUUCAGUCGGAACGUGACGGGCGUCCCCUCGGCGGGGUGGACGCAGCAGGUGUAUGGAGACGGCACCAAGCUGCAGGGAUUUUUUGGGCAGGGUGUCGGCCAUACGCCGUCGGUCAACGAGGCGCAGUUGCUGAAGUUCUUCGGCCUGAUCAACUGACGGGUGCCAGUCAUGCCGGUUGAGUCUGUAUGAAUGCAACUCUGCUCGUGACGCAGAUUCGGCAAACCAUGAUGGCCAGAGUAACGCAAGAGAAUCAAAGGAGUCUGGCCGAUAAUCAAGUCAGGAUCAACUGAUCGGUGUUGGCGUUCCCAACUCCUGUCCUGUGUCACGGUGUCAGUGUCACUAACAAAGACCAAUUAGAAGACCACAAAAUACAGAAGAGU